CGGCUGAUUAUAUAUUCUAGGCCCCCCUGUCUAUUUCUCUCCGUCUUUCUCUCACUUCCUGUUGUCGUUAUAUAUACAGUAUAUACACUAGUGUCUGUUACAGCCAAGAUGCUCUGUAUACCAAAGGCAGUGUGGCGAUUCCAUCGUUAAAAAGAAAAAUUCUGCUUUACAACCCACAAAAAAUUAAUUCGAAAUUAUUUUAUUCUAUAGGAAUACCAAUCUGUCUCUCAGUUUUGAUUUCUAAUUGCUCGAUUCUUCAUAUUCUUUUAUACCCUUAUUCCCCCUCGAAACAUCAGAGGACUGUAGAUUGUUCUCUUUAUUUUUUAUUGAUUUUUUGUGGGUUUUUUGUAUUGGGAUUAUAGGGAUGCGGGUGAGGAGCGGUGGUAUAAGAAAUUAGUAGUUUGGUAGAGGAGGGAGAGGAAUAGUUGUUGUCGGCGCAGCUUACUUUCUGUCGGCAUUUUCUUUAUCCAACGAUGAUACUUGGGUUUGUUUAUUCAAAAGUACAACCCUGAGAUUGAUUGAUUGAUUGAUUCAUUAGUUGUUGCGUUGCAGUGGCAGCCUAUCAUCACCUGUAAGAAAGAGAAGCUCUGCAAUAUUGUCUUGUGUUUCUGUUGUUUUGUGCUCAUGAUUUGGACAUCGCGUCCCUGAGCUGUCCUUUUUUCGCAAUUGCAAGUCCGAGAAUCACAGUUUUGCUUUUCCUGGAUUUGACUGUAUCUGGGUGCCUCUUUAUUUGUUUGCUGAGGAUUCCUUUUCAAUGUGGGUCGAUUUCAAUUUGGGUGAGAAUGGUAUUGGCAAACUGACUCCAUUUCUUCUUUGCAAAUGAACCUGAAGUUUCUGGAGAUCUGGCUUCAUUACUUCUCUAGGAAUACAGGUUCAAUGUAUGAUCACCUAUAUCCCAGCAAUACUUUACGGCAUAGCUGAAGUUGUUCCCAUACCAAAUGUCAGGGACUCUUGCAGCAAUAUUAGGAGGAGCUGCAGGAGCCGUGGCAUUGGUGGGGAUAGUUGUCUUCUUCAUUUGGUACUGCCUUUCACAUAAAAGGAGUAUUUCAAGAACUUCUGAAACUGGGUCCUCUGAUCCUUCUGUUCAACUUGGAAGACAUGUCGGGGUUGAAUUGUCAUUACGAGAAGCAAGGCGUUUUGAGAUGGAAGAAUUAUCCCUAGCAACAAAAGGUUUCAGUGAUAAGAAUUUGAUUGGGAUAGGAAAAUUAGGAGAGGUAUAUAAGGGUUUACUUAACGAUGGCAUGCUCGUAGCCAUUAAAAAGCGACCUGGAGCACCCAGUCAGGCAUUUGUGAACGAGGCACGCUACCUUGCACCUAUUCAGCAUCGGAAUCUUGUGACUCUCUUGGGUUACUGCCAGGAAAAUAAUCUGCAGUUUCUUGUAUAUGAGUAUGUACCUAACGGGAGUGUUUCCAGUCACUUGUAUGGAGCUGGUCAGGUUUUGCAUGAGAAGCUGGAAUUCAAGAAUAGACUCUCAAUAGCUCUGGGGGCGGCUAAAGGUUUGGCUCACCUUCACUCUCUUAGUCCCCGAAUAGUCCAUAAGGAUUUCAAAACUGCCAAUGUUCUUGUAGAUGAGAAUUUUAUAGCUAAGGUUGCUGAUGCGGGACUUCGUAAUUUCCUGGGAAGAUUUGAUGUUGCGGGUCCAUCUUCACAAGUGACAGCAGACGAGAUAUUCCUUGCCCCGGAGGUGAGAGAGUUCAGAAGAUUUUCGGAAAAAAGCGAUGUAUAUAGUUUUGGAGUAUUUCUUCUAGAGUUGCUUAGUGGCCGGGAAGCAACCGAAGCUCCAUCUUCAGACUCCAGCCAAAACCUGGUUGAAUGGGUUCAAAGCGACCAGAAUUAUACAAACUUUUCAAGCGUAAUCGAUACACGACUGGGGAGUUUCACGACAGAAGGUAUGGAGGAGUUCAUACAGCUGAUACUACGAUGUCUCGAGAUGUCAAGCGAGAGACGACACUCCAUGAACUUUGUGGUUAUGGAACUGGAUCGAAUACUGGAGAAAGAAAUGAACUUGACUACAGUAAUGGGGGAAGAAGGUACUCCAGACGUGAUCCUUGGAAGCCAGCUAUUUAAAGCAAAAUAAAAACAGCAUCUGUUUGCCUUUGUGUGAUUCCUGUGAAAUAACAUUUUCCUUCUUACAAAAUUUUUUUUUCCAUCAAAAAGAUCAAAGAAGAGAAUCGACUGUUUGAUAAGUGUAUAAAGAACAGCAUUGAUAUUAAUUUUUUUCCUUGAUUUUUUCCUUCUUUAUCAUCACAGAUCAAAGAGAAAUCUUGUUUGUAAACCAUUUUUUGUUGUUAAUAUCAAAGUGAAAGCUGGGGAUUUUGUGUGAUCA